GGAGCGUCGAAAGAAAUGCGUUCCUUCGUAAUACUAUUGAAUUACGGUCUUCUGUGCUGUGGGCAGUUCAUGCCAGAGGACUAUUAUUACGAUAUCGUGACGAGAGAUCCUGACGAUCUGAUGCGAGAGAAAGAGAAUGAAGUCCGGGCUCUGAGAGCAUUCCAGGCUGAUUGUGCGGAGGAUGUCCAGGUCAAGCCGGAUUUAGUGGUCAACUUGAAGAGCGGUGACUGGCAGACUGAAGACGUAUCUCUCAAGAAAUGGGCCCUCUGUGUGCUAAUGAAACUCGGACUCAUGACGGCACAAGGGGUGUUCAAAAUGAACGAAGCCAUGUCUAAGAUUCCAGAUAUGAAUGAUAAAAUCAUAGCAGAGAAACUUAUCGACGAUUGCCUCAGUCUCCAGGCAACAACGCCACACGACGCCGCAUGGAACUACAUUAAAUGUCAUCAUCAGAAAGAUCCCGAGGGAAAUUUUUCUUCCUUAAACAUCUUCUGACGUUAAUUUUUAUAACAGCACCAUCUGCUAGUUGUUUAUAAAACUAACACGAAAAACGACUUCUAAGAUAUCAAAUAAACAAGCGACAUCUACUGGUCUAAAGUUGAACAAUAGGAAUUGAACUGUCAGUUCCAUUAAAUCAAUCUAGAUGGCGCUAAUUUGAACAUCACAGUU